CAUACUUGGUCAGCCUCAAGCCUCUCUAAGAACCACCAACCAUAUCCAUAGAGAUCUGAACACAGCAGGACAAGAGCAUAGGCUUUGAUCUUUCAUUCUGAUCUUAAAGAGACAGUAAAACAGGAGGCAUCUUUGAGCUCACCGAGUAGACAUCAUGAGCAAGGCUCACCCUCCUGAGUGGAAGAAAUUUAUGGAGAAGUUAUCACUAAAAUUAAAUGGUGGCAGACACGUCCAAGGAAUAUUGUGGGGCUUUGAUCCCUUUAUGAAUCUUGUGAUAGAUGAAUGUGCGGAGAUGGCAACUAGUGGGCAACAGAACAAUACUGGAGUGGUGGUAAUAUGAGGAAACAGUACCAUGUUAGAAGCCCUGGAACCAGUACGAACAAUGGCUGUGUUCACCAGAGAAAUCAACUGCUUCCGCAUGUCCCCUCCACAUUUUACUAUGAUAAAAACUGGCUCGUGUACAUUU